AUCUACCGUACCGCUAUCAAACAUCACCAACCAACCCCACCGGCACAAUGAACCGUCGCAUGUUGAGUAAAGAGGACGAGGAGGCGGCCGGCGACGAGAUCGAGGUCCGUCGCGAGGACCAGGACAAGAUCAACAGGUUCAGCCGAUUGCACCAGCGCGAACUCGCCCUCGAAGAGGAGCUCAAGAACAAAAACAAGGAGAAGGAGGAACUCGACGACUUGGAAACCGAGCUCGAGCUUGUCGAGGACGAGGACGAGCUUGUCCAGUACAAGAUCGGCGAUUCCUUCUUCCACAUUCCCCUCGAACAAGCCAAGGAGAUGCUUGGCAUCGCGGCCGCAAAACUCAUCAAGGAGAUCGAAGCCCUCGAUGACAAGCUUGAAACCAUCCGCAAAGAGAUGACUGGGCUCAAGGUGGAAUUGUACGCAAGAUUUGGAAAGACAAUCAACCUCGAGACAUGAGAUCAUGCCCGCAAACCAUUUUGCCGCCUUACAUCACUUCCGAGGAGUGUGAAUAAUGCUUCCGUGUACAACACUGGCAACAGUUCCAUCGACCAGGGCUGAGCAGUCGCUACCAACUUAUACCACGUCAACAACAUGAUCAAACUCUUGGGCAAAUUACUGGAUAUAACGUGGACGUUAUGUCACUCAAAGUUCCUCAGGUAGAGGCCAGACUCUUUUUGCGGUGCCGGCAGG